AUGACCGACAACCAGCAGCAGAAGCCGAUUUAUGUCGCCACCUAUGGCCGCGAUCCCAAGAUGGCUGAGGCUGUCAGUGAGAAAUUGUUACCUGAUGUUGAAGUCCACACGUCUCUCUCCCUCUCCACUGCCCUCCACGAGCUUCCCGCUCUCUUCUCAGGCGACACCUCCAUCGUGCCCUCCUCCGGUCUAGGUUCCAACACCAACCGCUCGCCCUCGGAGCGACACAUUCCCACCGCUUUGCUCGUCGGCGGCAGCAGCUUGUCCGACGAAGAAUACGAGAACAUUGUCUCAGCCGUACGGGAAGCGAUCCCUGGAGCCGAAGGAAGCGGCACACCGGUGCAGUUCAUCCGGAUCGGAAAGCGAGAUGUCAUUGCGGCUGGGGCGUUUACGGGGCCGAAUCCGGAGACCAUUGCUAAAGAGGAGGGGGAGGGUCGUGGUGGUAUCGGUGGACGGUUUGGGGACGGUGAUUCUGCCGCAGGGAAUGAUAUCGGAAGGGAUACAAAGGGAGGAGGAGGAAAGGGAAACAGAAAUGGGAAGAGGUUCUGGCAGAGGGACCGCUCUGCCGACAGUGGCAUUGGACUACCGGACGACGACGACAGCUCGGAGAUCCCCCAAGUAACAAACGAUGACUUCCUCGGCACCGCCAUCGCUACGGGCACUUCCACCUCUUUUGCCUUCGCCGGCUCCACUGGCUGGCGAUACAUCAGCCUCUCUGACGACGACAACAAUCAGCGCCCCCAUGCAAACCAAGACAAAACCGUUGGGCUGCUCCAAGGAAUGCGAUUCAGAGGCAAGAAAAAGAAAGGAAAGAAGGUUGUCAUGUUCGCCAGUGGCAUUCCAGAGGAGGAAGAGGAACAUGAAGAUGAUGAUGCCGAUGGGAAAAAGAAGGGUGUCAAAGGAAAAGGUGGCAAAUGUGAAGGAUGGUUUGAAACGCUCAUGGUCCAUGGGUUCGGAUCAAUCGCUCAUUUCUAUGUCCCCUGCGUUGAUUUCACAACUUUCGAUGAGAAUGGAAUGGUGAAUAGAGAGGUAGUUGCGAUGCCGAGGCAGAGACAGGCGCAUAUUGUGGUUUUUGAUGAUGGGCUGGGGGGUAUAGCGCUUCGUGAUCUAUGA